AUGUCUCGUCCGUCGUCGAUUUCUCAGCGUCCCCUGACGCUGACGGAGGAACUGGAGAAGCUCGAACAAUCUAUCACUCUAACCCUGCAAGAAAUUGAUCAUAACUUUAGUCAAGCGCACCGAAUAGUUACAACGAGUAUUCUUCCUCUAGUCGAACAAUACGCAGAACAUUCGAGAGAUGUUUGGGAGGGUGCAAAGUUUUGGAAACAAUUCUUCGAGGCCAGCGCCAAUGUCUCGCUAUCCGGUUACGAAGAGAGGCCCGAUGAAGAUACAACACAAGAUCAGACAGUGACAGAGGAUUCCACAGACGUUACACACAGCAACCUUACCGAUACCGUGUCCUACGAAACGCCAUCCUCUGAACGCCACGACCAUAGGGCUGACGACCUUGAGCUCACAUCCCUCGGCGUAUCCUCUCACAGUACUCCUCGAGUAGCCACCAAUGAGAGACCUGACGAAGACACGACAAUCACCUCCGCUGUGUCAUAUACAUCCCCCUACGAAACACUCAAGCAGGAGAUCCGCGAAACCGAUCCCCCCUUCGAUAUGGACGAUUCCAACCUCCCUAGCACACCAGGCCGUUCUCCAAGACUACGCGACUACGCGGGCAACCCAGCCGACACCCUCAUGUCCUCUUCACCGUUCGUUCCCCCCGCCUCACACGAACAACCCUCAGGCGCCCGCCGCAAUCCACACCAGAAAACAUCAGACCCUGUCAUGCAUAGGGUCCUCGACAAGACCUAUCGCGUGCAAGCCACCCCUCUAGGUAAAGGCUAUAGCACUGCAACCAGCCGCUCCAAAUUCACCGUCACCCCGAAAGUAUCCACAUCGAAAUACGCCUUCGACGACUCUCCGAUAUCCAGUCCAGAGCCCGAAGCGCCGCAACUACACGCGGAGAUCUUCUCCUCUCCCCUCAAAGCCACAACUCCCGGUACUGGCCGUAAGCGACGUCCCAGCGCCGGCCACCUCCGCAUCACCCCGAAGCCGGGAAUGAGCGUUUUGACUCCGGCCAAGAACGGGGGUGGCAAGCGUUCUGCCUGGGACAGUGAUGAGGAAUUUGACGACGAAGAGGAUGAGAACUUUGGACCGAGUCCGCCCAAAACAAUGCAAUUCCAUAUUCCACAGAGUCGGCUCAUGAAGACACCGGCCAAGGAAGCAUCCAAGCGUAUUGUUGAGGACUUGUUAUUCACUGCUGGCGUGAACGACACAACGGACGAUAUCAUUGAUGAGCAAAGUCCUAGUGUGAUUCGACGGGUAGAGCGGUUGGAAGAUGAGACCUUUUGA